AUGGCCAAUUUACCAAAGUCUAGAGUCGAUGAUCACGAUAAUCCAUUUCAUCAUACGGGCGUUGAUUUUUUCGGACCCAUGUUCGUGAAGGAAAGAAAACAACGGAAUCGAGGUCGCGUGAAGGUGUAUGGCUGCGUGUUUGUUUGCAUGUCAAUAAAGGCCGUACACAUCGAAAUCGUUAGUGAUCUCUCGACAGAAGCGUUCCUCGCCGCCCUAAAACGGUUUAUAGGACGACGAGCAAUUCCAGUCCACAUAUAUUCAGACAACGAGACGAAUUUCAUAGGCGCGAACAAUCAAUUACGCGAACUAUAUGCAUUAAUUCAAUCUGACGAUUUUCAAACUCAAGUUGACGAAUUUGCUACUUCAAAAAGAAUUUCUUGGCAUUUCAACCCCCCUCUCUCUCCGCACUUCGGAGGCAUAUGGGAGGCAGCGAUUAAGUCGUUUAAACAUCACUUAAAGCGAUAUCGAUUCGUAGGCGAUCUUUUGUUUACAUACGAAGAACUGAAUACCUUGGCAAUAGAGAUUGAAGCAAUCUUAAAUUCACGACCAUUAUGUCGCAUAUCCACGAAUCCCAACGAUCCAGUGGCAUUGACAUCGGCUCACCUUUUGGUGGGACGACUCCUCACAAUGCUGCCGGAAGAUAAUUAUACGUCUGUUGUAGAGAAUCGUUUAACUUCGUGGCAAUUGAUAAAUAAGACACGUCAAAAUUUUUGGCGACGAUGGCAUGUCGAAUACUUGAACGAGAUGCAAAAGUGGAUUAAUUCCGACGCCGAAUUGCAGCCAGGUAUGACCGUCAUCAUAAUCGACAAAAAUCAAUCAUGCGGUGCCACUAGGACGAAUAGUGAAGGUCCACUUUGGAGACGACAGCGUGACCCAAGUCGUCACAGUCAAAACAGCUCAAGGAACAUUUCAACGCAAUGCGAAAUUGAUUUGUCAUUUACAAAGCGAUCUUUGAUUAUAAAUGCGUAUGACACCUUGCUCGCCGAACGUUAA